AUGUCUUCAAGCUACAACCAUCGUCCCUCCUCGUUCAACCCAUACUUCUCAAAUCACAACAACGUCGUAUCACGUGAAAUGGCUCCAGCGGACAUGGCCGACAAUGAUAUGGCACUUUGGUCAAACGCACAAUUCACUCUCGACUCUUCUCCUGGUCUGCGGUUAUUGGAAGACGAUUCUUUGGUUCCCCCCUUGCCUUCAGAAGAUUGCGAUCCAGCUUCCGGACGAAAAGUUUUCCAACAACCUCUCGCCAAACCACUAAACGUCAACCAAAUGUCGGCGGCUAGUGGUCUCACGCCGUUUUUACCUCAAGCCACCAUGCCAAAUCCCGGAGUCACCAUGUCUCCAUCACCCUCGAAUCCCCUUCAGGCAUCAGAUGUCAACAAUUUUCCCGCAAUCUACCCAUCUCCCGCUUCGUCGCAAAGGACAUUGCACUCAAAUAGGAUGAGUGAAGAAUUAUUGCAAGGACAACUUUCAAAUCCACAACCCAUAAUUAUCAAUUCUACAACCCAACAAACUUCCCCAAUACUUCAAAAUCCCUCAACUUUGGACAUUACACCUCUACAAAGUGGCUUGUUGACACCGCCAAUGACAAUGAUAGGACAUAACUAUUAUGACUAUUCACACAUGAUGGAUCCGAACUAUGUUUGUCAACUUCUAGCGGAAGAGGAUAAAAGGCGUCGCAACACUGCUGCCUCGGCAAGGUUUCGAGUGAAGAAGAAGUUGCGGGAGCAAGCCCUCGAGAGAGCCUCUCGAGACAUGACGACAAAAGCCGAGUUACUUGAAAAUAAAGUUCGGGAACUUGAAAAGGAGAUCCAAUGGUUGAGAAGUUUGUUAACUGAAAAAGAUCCUCGGCUUUUAGAAAUUGCACGGCCGGACAAGCAACAGGACGAUGAUCAAGAUUGA